AUGGAGGUUAGUGGGAGUUUUAUCCUUUAAAAAGAUUUUCGAAAUAUGUUACUCAGUUAAGAUUGUUGCAGAGAGUCUUCUAUCGAUUAGGGCUCUCCAUUGGUCAUCACCCAUGGCGAUAUAUUCUGGUUCUUACUUUGAUCACUUUCAUCAGUUUGAUCGGCUUUCUGCGGUUCCACCAAGUAAAAAUCCUUUGCAAUCUGUCAUAAGUUGUCUCAAACAGCUCAACAACGCGCGGAUAACGUACACAGCGUCGGACUCGCCGAGCCACAUCGAGGGAAAAAUGCUCGAAGAGUUCCUGCGACAGAACGGCACCCUGCACAUGAUGGAGGUGAUGGUUCGCUCCAAAGACAGAGGCAGUUUGCUCCGAUCGGAGUAUCUGGAGCAGCUGACUGACCUCACUGGCGAAAUCGCCAACAUCAUCCAAGUCCAGGUGAGAGCUGAGUCGUGUCUGGAGGGAAGUUCGAGAUGUAGGAUGAGCACGGAAAGAAUUUGACCUAUCGCGACCUUUGCGAACCCUACUGUCAGAAGAACGACGCGCUUUACGCCUUGCUAAGUUGGUAUGAUGAAGAUGAAGACGACGACGACGACGAAGACGGCAGCAGCAACGACACCAGCAUCGAGGUGACGAUCCGCACAUCUAACGCUUAAUCUGAGAGCUUUCAGUUGAAAUACCCUGUGAUGAAAAUAUAUGGGAAGAAGGUGUUCAUCGCCGGGAAUAUUUACGACGUUUCGUUCAAAGGCAACUCUUCCAUCAUCCAAGGAUUCAGCACUGUGGUUCUUCGGUAUUACAUGACUCACAAGACUCUGCAACCUAUGUUCGACUUUGAAGAAAAGGUUCGACUUCUGCUUUAGAGCUUUUGACGAACAGAGUCUUCAGUUGGUCCAUUUGUUCUACGAGACGGACAAGUACCCUCUUCUGGAAGGCGGCGUCGCUUCAGAUAACUUGAUAGCGAAGGAAGUCAAAGCGAUCGGCACAAAAAUGGUUCCUUUGUUGGGAGUCGCACUCGCAGUUCUCACUGGCUUCCUUAUUAUUUGUUCGAUACGGUGACUGAGCGUCGAAAAGACUUUUGAACAAAGAAUUGAAGAUCGAAGAGACGAGAGUCCAAGCCCUUGGAAGCUGUCCUUGGAGCUAUCAUCCCGGUUAUGUCUGGACUGACUACGGUAGGCAUAGUCUCCGCAACAGGUCUGGCCUUCCAAAGCAUCGUGGUUGGCGUACUUUUCCUGGUUCUCGCUAUCGGUGAGGAAACAGCUGCAUGUGAACGAAACAGGCUUUGUUCAGGUAUCGACGACGUGUUCGUCAUUUUGUCGGCUUGGCAUCGAACCGACAAAUCUCUGGACACUCCGCGGCGCCUCGCCGAAACUGUUCAGGAAGCAGGAUGCUCGAUGACAGUCACUUCGGUCACCAACUUCAUCUCAUUCGCAAAUGGAGUCUUUUCAACCACCUCUGCUUUACAGGUAGAUCUGUUCAGGUUUUGAAAGUUAAUAAGCCAUUCGAAAACGCUCUCGGGAGUGUUUGCUCUUCGAUUGGUUGAUCGCGGCAUAAGGGGCGGAGUUCGUGUGAUGGAUUUACAUGCGAAAGCUGAACAGAAUGUAUGAGCCGAUAGACUUUUUUCUUUUUCUUUUUUCGCAAUUUCAAAGCUUUUGCGAGUCAUUAAGCAUGUUCCUUACUAUUUUUUUAUUGCAAUUUAAGGCGUUUGCUGUGUACGGCUCUGUGGCGAGCAUCGUUUGCUACGUCUACCAACUCGUCAUUUUCCCUGCCAUCCUGGCAAUCACCGCUCACAAAGAGUACACGGAGGUCGACUUGCAUGAAAAGUAUGAAUUUCAAAAGUUAUUGAAUGGCAAAACUGUAAAAAUGAGAGAUCAACCUAGAAAAACGGGCUGUAAAUCUAAAACUUUUUCACUCGGUGGCCGAAAUGUAAGUACUCUUUGCGCGCUACCGAUAACGCGAACUCAAGACUGAAAAAAUUGUUUCAACAAAUAUUAUCUAACCUCUCGUUUUCACAAUUUCCGAAAAGAUUGGAUGACGUAAGGUUAAACAUAAAUAUUUUCGCGACGCCAAAAAAGAAAGGAAAAUCGAUUAAUGACGGGAACGCAGUUCUUAGAAGUAAAUAAGAUGUUUGACCCGAGUUUCGGGCGAGAUAAAAUCAUCAUUUUCCCAAUAACUUUGAAUUUCAAAACAGAGGAAAAUUUGAAAACGUAAGUAACUGGAUUUCAGGCGUCUGAAUCUUCACAGUUGCUUGUAAAACAUCAGAACUAUAUUUUUUUUUGAAGUUUUUAUUCAUAUUCCUCCUGCGUUGAAAGAUUUAAUUCAAUUAUUCGAAUUCUCCAAAAAAAAAAAAACGGAAAAUAUGCUAAACCUGGUAGAGACUUUGAUUGCUGGCCAUACGAAAGGAAAUAGCAUUUCAGCUACGCUACUUGAACAUUUUUAGGAAAUGUUGCGUACCUCCGGAGAUAAAAGUGAUCAAAAAAGCGGCCAACUUCCACGACAACGCUUGGAAAACGCUGGCUCGCAUCGUCGAGAAGCCCUGGAUGCGCAUUUUGACGAUUGCGGUGAGAGUUCUCCAGAAUCUUUGCAAGGCUCUUUCUUUCAGGUCUUGGUCGGCUACUGGUACUUGACAGGCGUUGGAAUCACUUCUAUGGAAACCGAUCUGGCCAUUCAAAGAAUUGCGCCGCCUCACACCAGAAUCGUCAAGUUCAAGAUUGAAUACGACCGUGUGAUUCAGGUGAGAACUUUCAACCUAUUACUUUCUUAUGCAUCACCGACGCAGGAAAUGCAAACCGUCGGUGUCUUGGUGCGACAUCCAGGAGAUCUUCGCAACCCGAAGCAACUUCAAAAAGUUCAAAAAAUGAUUCAUGAUUUCGAGACUGCGAUCUACAGGUUUCUAUUCCAUCUGUUCUCUUUCUAACCAAUUUUUCAGUUAUGGCAACGAAUCAACGUAUGCUUGGAUUCAACCAUAUCUUGAUCAUUUAGCAGAAGAGGGAAAAGCCAAGGUGCAGUGAUUUCUCCGUUUUUUACUUAUUCCAUUUUGAUUUUUGAGCCUCAAUCGUAAAAGUUGUAAUGAGUCGCAAGAAUCAUUGAAUUUAUACCAAAACAUGAAUUCCAUUUCCACGUUUUUGUUUAUGAAAAUAUGUUCAUAAGAUUAUUUCGCUAGUUGAAGGGUGAAAAUUACAGACUUUUCGAGUUUAUCUUUGUGCGAGAUCAGUUUUCUAGAUGAAAGGCUGGAAUUUCUUGGCAAAAUUUCCAUGAGCUAAAGGAACUUUUCUUUAAGGUUGAUAUUUUCAGAACGUUCCAUUCACAUACAAGAAGGUGCCCGAUUUCUUGAAGACAGACAACGUCUACUCGGCUUCGAUGAAGGUCAAUGAGUCGGCAUGCGCUCAAAACAGCCCGAAUUGCAUCUCCGCUUUCCUCUUCACGACAGGCUUCACCACAGUCGCCAAGUUCGUCGCAUUUCCGUCCUGGCACAUCUUUCAACAUACCUUUUAGGUACAGCGACAUGUAUCCUCUGCUGCUGGAAUGGCGCGCGAUCUCCGCCAAAUACCCUGACCUGCAGGUCUACGCCUACUCCGAAAGGAGCAACUUUGCUGAUCAGGUUUUUCCGUCAACGAAUCGAUCUCCCAAAGUUUUUGGUUGCGAAAAGAUAUCUCAGAUAUCAUAAGAAAGAUUUGUUUAUGAAAACAUGCACACUCGGGAAUUCAGACUCACGACAUGGUGGGUACAGUUUGGCAGACGGUCCUGUCGGAAGUCGUCUGCAUGGCCCUCUCUUUCGUCCUUUUCAUUCCGGACCUUGUUUCCAUUUUGGCGGCCUUCUUCUCGCUUCUUUCCGUCAACAUGGGAGUAAGUCCACGGUCUCAGUUUUGAGUUAUCUGAACUUCUGAAGGUGUUCGGAUUCCUUUCUCUUUGGGGCGUCCGAAUCGACCCCGUCUCUAUUUCGACGCUUCUCAUGGCCAUCGGCUUCUCAGUGGACAUUGGUGCCCACAUCAGCUACCACAUCUACCAAGAGAAGUUGCCGGUGAGUCGUUAAAAAGAAGUAAACGAAAAAGAAUCGUGUCCAGACAAUGAGACAGAAGAUUGAACGUUCUUUGCUUCACAUCGGAUGGCCGACGAUGCAAGGCGGUCUUUCGACGAUGCUCGCCAUGAUGCCUAUCACAUUCCAUCCGUCUUACUUAGGCAUGGUCUUCUUCAAGGUCUGGUCUCCUUCCUGUUUGAAUAGAAAUUCAAAACAAGUUCUGCAGUCGGUUUUCCUGGUGUCUAUGUUUGGCCUAGUACAUGGCCUCGUCGUUCUGCCGGUUUUCCUCUCCAUGUUUUCCCAGUUGUUCGGUUAUUGCAAAGGAAGGAGGUUUGUGGUUGAAAUUACGUAUGGAUCUUACAUUGGAAAUUGCAGAGACCAAGUUGGGAAGGGGUCCGAAGGCGGCAGCGGAUAUUCAAGCUCAAGCGACAGCGAUAAACAGGACGAAAGAUUCCAUUCUCAGAGGGCUUCUAUCAACAAUCCAGCCUUCGUUAAGGGAUACUAA